UAGAAACAAUUUGUAAGUGACUCGGUAGUUCAUUUUAUUAUUAAUUGUAAUUUUAAUUGAAAAAACCAACAUAAUGAGAUCACGGAGUAGAAGCCCAAGACGACGUAGAAAAAGUAGAAGCAGGUCAGACUCCAGUUCCUCUUCUGCGUCUUCCAAAUCUGAGGAUGAUCGUAGAGUUUCGAAUAGAAAACGACGUAGUCCAUCCAGAGAAAGGCGCAGAGAUCGCAGAGACAGAUCACGUUCGCGUGACAGACGCAGAAAUGAGAGGAAACGCAGUCCAAGAAGACGAUCUCGUUCACCUCCAGCGAAAAACACUAAUGGAAAUGUCAAAAAAUGGGAUCACGACAUGUAUUACGAAGAUGUACCGGCUCCAGACCGUGAAAGCUCAAGAAAAUAUGAUGACCGUAAGAAGUACGACAUGAAACCGGAUCACAGGGGGAAAGACGAGAACGUUGGUUUUAUGGAUGCACGUAGAUACAACAGAGAACUGAUUGGAGCCAUGGGAGUUGAGAACGUUUGGGCGAAAUCUCCAGCAAGACCUUUAGAUGACUCGAGUGCGAACAGCAGCGAUUCCGAAAAAGAGAAAGAAUCAAAGAAGAAUAAGAAAGAUAAGAAAAAGAAAUCGAAGAAAUCUAGCAAAAAAUCAAAGAAGAAAAAAUCCAAAAAGAGUAAGAAGAAAAAGAAGCGCCACUCGUCGUCAUCCUCGAGUUCCAGUUCAUCGUCCGAUGAAGACGAAUGGGUCGAGAAAACCUCACUGAGUAAUCCAAAAGCUGGAUCGUCCAAAAAUGAUGGCGAAGACUCUUCGAUUGUCGGUCCAACACAGCAAGUUACACAAUUAUCGCACAAGGACUUUGGUCAUGCUCUUUUGCCCGGCGAAGGUGCUGCAAUGGCAGCUUUUAUUGCCGAGGGAAAACGUAUUCCGCGACGUGGUGAAAUUGGCUUGACUUCAGAGGAAAUAUCGACAUUUGAGUCAGUUGGAUACGUUAUGAGUGGAUCGCGUCAUAGACGCAUGGAGGCCGUCCGUAUUCGAAAGGAAAAUCAAAUUUAUUCGGCUGAUGAGAAACGAGCGUUGGCAAUGUUCAGCAAAGAAGAACGACAAAAACGCGAAAAUAAAAUUUUGACGCAGUUUAAGGAGAUGAUCAAUUCGAAACUCUCGGAAAAUAAGAAGAAAUAAGAGACAUGCGAUUUUUCGUUAUAUUUUAUAAAUUAAAAUCAUCAUCAUUAAAAAUCUAUAACAUGAAUUUGUUUAGCUAAUCACAAAUUAUACUAGGCUAAAACAAAAAUCAAAAAUGUUUUCGGUUUCGUUGACCUUGUGAACA